UCUGGACGAUUCGCAAAAAGAUUUCGAGGACAUUCUUAAUAUGUUUAACGUACAAUACCAUUAUGCUUAUCCAAAGAGCAUCGUAAAAAAAAUUAAUCACACACACAAAACAAAAAUGUCUAUAAACAACGCAUUUCUAGACUGGGAUACUAUGAGGCACUGGAUUCACAAUAAGACCAAAAACUCUCCCCAUUUAGAGCUACAAGUACUUGCAAAAACUUAUCAGAAGAGAGAAGUGAUAGGAUUAAAAAUUAGCACAGGACGAGGAAAGCCUGUAAUUGUUGUGGUCGGUGCAGAGGUGGGCAGAGAUUGGAUUACAACAGCUAUUAUUCUAAACUACAUAAAUCAUUUACUGACCCAUGCUCAAACAGAUAAACUUGUGGAACAUUAUGACUUUUACUUUAUACCUGUUGCUAACCCAGAUGGAUACGUUUACAGUUUCGAACAGGAUAGAAUUUGGGCAAAAAACAGAGUGGAAUUUGAAACUGGAAUAAAGUGUACUUCCGGUCAUCUGCCUGUUGGCUUAAACAUCGAUAGAAAUUGGUUUUUCUUCCCAAAAUUAAUUCGUCAAAAUGAGUGUCUUGGAGUAUUUGGAGGCCAUCAAACAAUAUCCGAGAAAGAAACUAGAGCAAUGAAGGAAAUUUUGAACAAUUGUUCAUCAAAUCUAAUAGCAUUCAUAAACUUGAGAGGGUUUAGUAGACUUAUAACAAUUCCUUAUGCUAACGCUCAAUAUGUUUCUAAUAAUUAUGAUUUAAUGAUAGAGAUACUAUCAGCUGUGACUGAUAAACUAAGGGAGAACCACAAUGCACAUUACUACUAUGGAUCCACAGCAAGACUUUUUUAUAAUUACACUGGUAACUGUGCAGACUGGGUGAAGGUAAAGCUAAAUGUGCCCAUAGUGUACACAAUAUACCUACAGCUAGACGAAAAUGUUUUCCCGGAUCCUACGCACAUAGUACCCCUUGUUCAGCAAUUCAGUGCUAUUCUUACUAACACAAUGGCUAUAGCAGGAAACAUUUAUGGCCCUCUGUUUAAUAGUUAUCCUAAAAACACAAGUAGUAUUCUCAUUUUUAUAGCAUUUUAUGUCUCUGUCAUUUGAAAAUUUACAUGCUGUUUAAAUAAUUAAAGAUGGGAAAAACUGCUAUUUUUUUUAAAUGUUUCAACAUAGCUUCUUUAAAAAAGUGUGGUUUUUUAGAUGCUAUUCACAUAAACGCUUUUUAGUUUGAAGCUUAAAAAAUUGUUUAAGCGCAUAGACUUUUAUGUUAAAAACAAGCUUGCAACUUGUAUUGAUAGCAAAAAGCAAGAGUAGACCACUGAAGGUUUUAAGUUAAGUGAGUUUAAAGUUAUUAUUCACUUUGAUGAAUUAAUUUGUUUAGGAAACAUAAAUGGUGAGAUUUGAAAUUUAGGCAAGUUGUAAAAAAUGAAAUUGUUGAGUAUAGAACUGACCAAUGCUUAUGCUUAAAAU